AUGGGACAAACGCAAAGUCAAGAGUCCGAGUCUGCCUCGCCGCCAAAGUCUGAACCUGAUGACCAAUUUGACAUUUCCCAAAUCCCCGACGACCGAGACCAAGCUUCGAACCACAAUUCCGAUGCUGGAACCGACCGCACCCCGGCACAUGCUCCUCAUGAAUCCUCCGGCAUGGCAAAGCGCCUGGAUCGCAAUCGCAAACACAAACAUCAGUCCCUGGCGGUUAAAAAUGACGCAAAUUCACCACGUCGGAAAUCCAAAAAUCGCAAUCGCAAGCGCCGCCUGUCGUCGAACAACGCCAGUGACGAUGCGGUUGGCGGAGUUUCAAAACGAACUUCUCCUCAGUUGGUCAACCAGGUUACAGACACAAGUCCAAACACCCGACCCUUAAAAGAUACGGAACCCGAAACAUAUCACAUCUAUGCGACGUCAGAUACAAGUGAUGCAGAAGACACGGAAAGCAAGAGACGUGGUGGGUUUAAUGCAUUUGCGACUGUCAAUGGGGCAAGUCAGAAGAGCACUCCUGCAGUGUCAAACACGGGCCUUGACAACUCGCGUGAUCGGCAACGAGCUCUCGAGAAAGAGGAGAAUCAGCACACAAGUUAUGUGCCCGAGAUUGACGUUGCAACAGGCACGAAGGCUCCAGAUGGCGAGACUUUAGGCCCGCCUACUACGCGGGUAUCGCAGCUCAAGACGAAUGGGGAAGGUCGGUUUCUUUGCCCUUCAGCGGAAGUCCUCAACUGUAGAUUGACCUUUGGCUCGGCCAAGGCAGCUACAAGACAUGCCAAUAUCCACACGACGAGCUUCCGCUGUGUCGUUUGCGGGAAACAGAUGAGCCGAAAAGAUACGCUAGCCAGACAUAUGAAGCAGCACAGUGCCCUCCAUGAUGCGUCUGCUGAGGCCGCUUCAAACCCCAGUGAAGAUUCAGAAGCCGAGAUGCCGGAGCUACCUCAAGCUAUGCAGCCCAAUACGCUAAAUGACGUGCACGACCGGGUAGAGGAUGGAGAGCCGCGAGAAGAGGAUUCCAUCGUAUUCGCAACUCCUCAGGAGAGACCGGAAGCAAAGAAUCUUGGCAACAACCUCGACAUGGAACUUCAGCCCGAGGAACAUGACAAACUAAAGGUUGAGAUGGCUGAAGUUGUGUCCGACCAACGUUCAAGCUCUCCGUCUAGCGUCUUCGAUGAAGCAGAAGAUGUCAUCGUGAAAGAGACUCCGAUGCCGAAAGGAAUCCUCAAGCGUAAACGGGACGCUGAAAACAGUGCCCAACCGCAGCGACCGAGCCCGGACAGGACCCGCAAACGCAGGAAGGGGUCUCCCAACUCUCCGCCUACCUCUGUUCCACCUAACGAUACGACCAAGCCAGAUUCCGUAAAGAAGCCAGAGGACGCAGGUGGCCUUCAAAAUCGGCAAAUCACAGACAAGAUCGUACCACGGCUACAGAAAAGGCAAGGGAGCAUGGAUGGCUGGGCUCAAAAAUACACACCAGGGUCAGGUCUCAGGCAUCCAACCCUCAAUCCGAAAUCACCGCCCUCUCGCUCCGUUACGGAGCAAGUUGAAGUGAUCUUCCCCCAAACAAGUCAAGCCGGUCCUUCUGGUGUAAAGUCGAAAAAGAACGACAACGUCCUGCCAAACCGUGCAAAAGGGGCCGACCUUGGGCGCUCUGAAGUCAAUUCUUUUCCAGGACCCCGCCAGAAGGAAAAGAAAAAUGCCCCUUACGCGACCCCAAAAGGGAAAACUCGAGCAGAACCGGAUGUCGACUACUCGACUCCGGUGAAAGAUUCUGCCCACGGCGAGGCUAAUGGAUCUAACAGCGAUGGAGACAGUGAACCAGUCGAAAUCGCGACAUCUGUUGCGAAGAGGACGUUUCCAGCGUGGAGGCAGCAAAAACAAGGUCAGAAAGGGCACGAUGACUCCGACUCUGAUGCAGAUCAAUCCAGCAAGUCCGACGUCGAUGUGAGCAAAGCAGCAUCAGCCAAGAAAACCAGCAAAGUCACGAGAGCUCCGAAGCCCAAGCAAUCCGACAAUGGAGAUCGGCUCGAGUGCGCUAGAUGUCACCGGAGAUUUACAAGUCGGGAUCUGCUCAAUCAUCACCUGAAGAAGCAGUCUGUGCAUGUGGGUCUGCAUAAGUGUCAAGAGUGUUCGGAGGAAUUCUGGGCGAGCACUGCGCUCGCCGCACACGAGAAGGACAUGGGCCACGGAAGGGGCAACGGCCUCCAAGGACGCACUGGCGCCUUCAGCCAGACCGAGGUCGAGAAAUUGAACAGGUGGAGAGAUGCGUUUUGCGACUACCACAACAUCACCCGGAUCCAAUUUAACGAUAUGAUGACCGACACCUUGACACGGGACAAAGGAAACAUUUGGAGCUGGCCCUUCAUCAAACGAGCAGAAUUUUUGAAAGAGUAUCUUAAUGUCCUGCCAAAUCGCAACAAACGAUCGAUGCUGCGCUAUCGUGAGCGGAACUUUCAGAAUGUGGAGGGGUCGAGGAAUUGGACGGAGGAAGAUGACAAGGACCUGAUUCGGUUACACAAAGAACUCGGUCCAAAGUGGGCUGAGAUUGCUAAGAGGUUGACAAGGACAGUCGAUGCAGUCAGUCAACGGUGGUGGCAUAAAUUACGAUACGGCGAUGUGGACACUGGCGAGUGGUCGAAAGCAGAGGAUGCUAAGUUUCGCAAGAUCUUGGACGAGUUACGGCUUGACUCGGACGGGAACGAACUGCAACAUUACCGCAUCUCGUGGAACAAGGUCAGUGAGAAGAUGGGCACAAGAUCUGCGCAGCAGUGCUCCAAUCAUUAUCGUGCUCGUCAUUCGAAAAAGGAACGAGGAAGAUGGAUCAAGAUUGACGGCCCGGAGAAGAGCCCGAGGGCGAGUCGGGUUUUGACACCAUCGAAGAUGGAGUUGAGGUUGCGAGGCUCGACCACAAGAAGAACUCCGAAGAAAGGCCUGUCACAGGAGUACGUUCGCGAUGACGACGAGGAUGACGAUGAAGCUUCGGGAGAUGUUCAGGAAGAUGGCAAAACUUCCGAGAAGGACAAGUCGGCAGAGAAUACUUCGGAAGAGGACGCUGGCACUGGUCAUGGAUCUGAACCCGAGUCAGAUGUCGAGGCCGAGAACCAAUCGCUCUCAUCAGCUGAUGAUGAUGGAGUUCCACGCACAAGAGGCCCGGUAAUCGCCAAGACGCCUGGUAAGGUUCUGGGAUCAAGUCAACUGUUCAAGCAGACCCAAGGCAAUACUUCGGCACUGAAACCUUCACAGACGAGCAGCAGGAAGGCAAGACUGCCGGAAAGCCAGGAACGACCUUCGCCGAAUGUUCCCAUUCAACGACGGCGGCUGGAGUCGAGGUCUCCUUUGACAGAAAUACCUGUGUUCGAGAAUGGUGAUCUGGAUCUUGGAGAGGAGGACGAGAGAAACGAGAGUGGGAGUGAUGUGAGUGAUGGUGAAAACUCGGAUGACUUGGGUGUCACUCAAGAGCUGGACGAGGAGCUAGAGACGUCCGAUUCGUCUGCCGAUGCAGACGAAGAUGUAGUCGAUGCUGAAGCGGCAGAGACCGAAGACGACGUGGAAGACGACGAUAAUGAUGAUGAUACUGCGGAAACGGACGAGGACAUGGAUGGAGAGGACGGGAGCGACGCUCAUGAUAACGUUGAUGAGGUAUCAUCCCAAGAGGAUGACGAAGAUGAAGACUCAGAGGUGCCUGCGGAAAACAAGUCGAGUUUCAUGGAUAGUAUCAACGAAUCUGUGAAACGGUCGAGGAUGCGCAGCAGUCAGUCAUGGACGGGGGUACCAGUCCCAGGUACAGGCAAGCGUGGUGGACGCAAAUUGCGGAAAGGGCACCACGUGGACAGCGAUGAGGAAUGA